AUGUCCGCCAACCCUCCCCAACCUUCGUUGCCGCCCAGUCGGAAUCGCAACUCGCUCCUCUCCAAGUUUCGCUCCCCGCUUGGCCAACGCAAUCGAGGCAUCGCCGACUUCUACAUCGACCCCGAUGACCCUUGGCGCUCCUACUUCCCAGGUGAUGUCAUCAAGGGGACGGUCGUUGUGACUGUUGUUCGACCUGUCCGCAUCACGCAUAUUGUGGUGUGUCUACAUGGAUAUGUCAAGGUGUUUAAGAACGCGGUUCCGGCGGGUGAAGCCACUCCCGACUUGGGUUUCCUGGGACCUGGGCGGGGCCGACGAGGCGCGGAAUACCUGGGAAAUGGAUUGGCUACGUUAUUUGAGGACGAGGUCGUGCUCUGUGGUGACGGUCGGCUGAAGGAGGGGAUCUACAAGUUCCGUUUUGAAAUGGGCCUUCCACCUUAUGCGCUUCCCAGCAGUAUCAACUUCGAACGCGGCACCAUCGGCUACUCGCUUACCUCUACCCUCACCCGACCGACUACCAUGAACCCGACACUCACCUGCCGAAGGCGAGUCAACCUCCUUGAAAACAUCGACAUCGCACCAUUUCCCGCCCCCAAAGCUCGUAUAGUCACAUUAGAACCCAUCUCAAAACGCUCGAAAACGAGGAGCAAAACAAAAUCCACCAGUUCGGACGCAACAGCAGCACCGGACAGAACUUCAAUCGAUACCCCUAUAAGUGGCGCAGCACCCUCGGUGGACGCCAGGCCCCCGCUCAGCCCUUCGCCAAGCAAUGUCAGCUCAUCCAGCCGACCCAGCGAAAGCAGCUUGAGCUUCCAGAUCGCGAGCGAUCCGAGUUCCUCGGCGAGCACGAGUGGACGAAACAGCGAAGGCCGCAGCGCGACACCUUCUGUCUCCGAUAAAACUAUCACCGCAAAGGCUGAGCUUUUGCGCGCCGGGGUGCUUCCCGGCGAUACAUUACCCAUCACCGUCACUAUCAAUCAUUUCAAACAAGUGCGCAGUGCGCAUGGCAUCAUGGUAACUCUAUACCGUCAAGGCCGCAUCGAUCUACACCCCGCAAUACCCAUUGGCACAACAGCAGCUGGAAAGAAGCCGGUCUACGAGGAUUGUUAUCCUCGGUCAAGGACUGGGCUUGGAGGUCUCACGUUGGGAACCAGUCGGACCAGCAGCACCUUUCGCAAAGACCUGUCACAGACAUUUGCCCCACUGAUCGUCGAUCCCAGUAACAUGACUGCGGUUGUCAAGACGUCCAUCAGGAUCCCAGAGGACGCGUUUCCCACCAUUACGCGUGUUCCGGGGGCCAUGAUCAACUUUCGCUACUAUGUCGAGGUUGUGACGGACCUGCGGGGCAAGAUUACCUCCCCCGACCGCUUCAUCCCACGUUUCAACAUGGUUUCAGGGGGAACGAAUUUCUCGCCCAGCGGGCAAGUUCUCAAUCCAACCGACUCAAACGGCGUUACGGCCAACUGGGCCGGUAAUAUUUUGGACACUGACUCGAUCCGUCGCGAGAAAGGCGUCAUAUCAGUAGCCUUCGAGGUCGUUAUCGGCACUCGCGAUUCCCAACGAGGGAAGACAAAACGCACCUCGUCUACCGCUGGUGAAUCCACCAUGUCUCAACCGGCACCUGCUGCAACUACCAUGGUGGUCAAUCCCGUUGACGGGGAAGAGUGGCCCGAGGCAAGUCCAAUGCCUAAUCCUCAUUCUGACCAAGGGAUCCAAGAGGACUACUUCCACGAGGAAGAGGAGCAUUGGGCCGAAUAUCCAGAGGAAUACUCUGAGAACUUCCAGUCCACAGACCCCAUGCCUGCGCCUCCUGAGCUCGAGGAACCCGUGGAUGAGAAGACACGGGUGCGCCGACACGAAGAGGCUCUCUUACCCAGUCAACCGCCAGGCGAAGACGAAGCAGGCCCAUCUACCGCGCCGACGGACGUUCCGACCGCGCCUGUCCUACCAGACGACCACCAUCUCCAAGACUAUGAGCAUGUGCCGUCCCCGGACACAACGGGGAGGCCGCUUCUCGCUCGAUCUGCUGAUUCCAUGCAGACGGUCGUGGUCAAUGGCACUGCUAGACCCAGUGAACCAGGUCCCUCCGAUGAUAAACAAGAACUUGAGCGCCACCGACUCCAAGACCAGGCAAGUGCACCUCAAGAUGAACCUGAUGUCGAGGAGGCCGGGCCCAGUGCGCCAGUCUUCGAUGAGGACGAUCAACUGGUUGGCGGGACGGCGCAUGCGGACGAGUCAUUGCCUCGGUACCAGCGUUGA